CGCCAACAAAAUAUUUCCUGCACAGUAACCACACAAUACGCGAAGACUGCAAGCAGAACAAUGGAAGCUAAAACCCUCAGCUUCCUCUGCCUGUACCUGCUGUGGAUCUCCUGGGUGAACCCUGAAGGUUUGGAUACUCCCUUCAUCCAGCUAGCUGGAUCAGACAAGAGAUGCCAAGGAGCGGUCCAGGUGUUGAUGGAGAACACGUGGCACCAUUUAUGUGAGACAGCUCUCAAUAGAGACUUAUCUGAACAGAUAUGCAGAAUGCAAAAUUGUGGGAAACCAAUCCUACCCAGCACUGGACAGGAAGUAAACGCCUCAUCUCCAUUCCUAAAUAUCACGUGUGGUGCAAUGGUGGAUAUAAGGAACUGCAGCUUCUCGCAGUUAGCAGAGGAUGAGUGUGAUGGAGCAGCCUUUCUAAACUGCACAGACCGUUCUGCCCUACGCCUCGCGGGAUCUAAUGGCCCCUGUGCUGGUCGUGUGGAGAUUUUCAUGGAUGGCGUCUGGGGCUCGGUGUGUCACAAUGGUUGGGAUGCCCUGGAUGCAGAGAUUACAUGUCAGCAGAUAAAUUGCGGCUCAGCUUUAUCAGCAUUAAGGGGGUCUUACUUUGGAAGCGGACCUCCACAAAUCCACCGAAAUGAGGUGGACUGCAAAGGUGGUGAGCACUUUCUAUGGGAAUGUGAAGAACAUGGAAAUCGAGACUGUUCAGCAGGAGAACAUGCGGGGGUCAUCUGUACAGAAUAUCGGGAUGUGCGACUCUCUGGAGGUGCAAACAACUGUUCAGGUCGGGUGGAAGUCUAUCUCCAUGGAGUGUGGGCAACUGUGUGUGAUAGUCACUGGUAUGAAGACGACUCUUCCAUGCUUUGUAAAUAUCUCGGAUGUGGACCCUUCCAGAAUCAAACAAGACAUGAACACUCACUUAGUACAUAUGCAGCUUUCCUGUGCUCUAAAGCAAAGUCCCUCUGGGACUGCUCCGUCUAUAUAAAUAAAGCCCACAUGUGCCACCAGUCUAAGGCUCUCGGGAUAACAUGUCAAGCAGGUGCCAUUAUAGACUCUAGUGUGACCAGAUCCAAGACACCUGGAACCAGCGACCACGCUGCCCCAG